AUGACCACGGCUAACAGCCUCACCACCCCGACCUAUUCUGCCCUCACUGUCACUGCACAGGUACAUUAAGCAUUGGCCUGGUCAGUCACGUGCGAGUCCAUCGUACAGGGACUAGCAAGCCAGAGCUAGGUGCAACACCGGACCCGCCUGAAGUGCCCGCAUGGUCCUCGCACAUUCAGCCGCCGCACGGGUCUACUAGGUCACAUGCGCCUUCAUGGAAACCUGCGUUAAAUCUCCGCGGACACGACCACAUCACCCCAUCAACACAUGCAUCACACACACGCCCCUCCAAUAUCCAACUUCAGCAGCAUCCCUCACGUAAGUGGGAAGUAUGCUUUUCGGUUCCUUUCUCUGUGUGGCUCCUCUGCUGCAAAUGAGACCUGGGCGCUAUAUCGCCUUGUGUGUGAAAUCAUGGUGUGUGCGUUUCGGGUGGCUGGGUGGUGUAUGUGCUGCUAAGGAGGCCAAAUCCGUCGAUACAAGGAUACUCUGAAGGCCUCCUUCAAGGGUCUGCAGAUUAACCCGUCCAACUGGGAAGACCUCGCUCGAGACUGGCCGACCUGGGGGAGGACAGUGAAGACAGGCGCUGCGAUCUACGAAGCUAACCGCAGCGCCGCCGCCAAAGUCAAACGCAAAGCACGCAAGUCCUAGCUGCGCCCACUUCGCAAUGCCAACGCAAAACCGCUACCAACGUGUCCUCGGGGUCAACGGAUAUUCAGGGCGCCAAUUGGACUUGCUGGACAACUUUGAACCAAUUGCGCCACUCGGGCUGCACCAACCGUCGUCCCUCCCUCCCUCCACCUCUUCCUCGCCCUCUACGUCGCCAACUGAUUCUGACUGUGCUCCUGAACGACCACAUCCAUCCAUCGUCGUCCUUCUCCUCCCCCUCCUCCUCCUCCUCCUCCUCCUCCUCCUCCACUACCCCAACAUUUGCCGUUGUGGUGUCUGUCAAGCACAUCAACAUUACACACAAUCCUGACACACCGGAAAACACCAAACGCACCACCGUCGACGUCAGUGGUGUGGACCCGGCCUAUACGUGUCCUCAUUGCGACCGCACUUUCACCUCACACAUCGGCUGGUCAGUCACUUGUGAAAUCAUUGCACAGUGA